AUGAGGGAUACAGGGACUGACCCACUAGUGAAAUUUGUGUAAACACCCCAAAUUCCAGCUCCUGUUUACUAGAAUAAUUUCGAUUUGAUAUCUAAUUCUACUGGAAGCUUAAGUCAUAGACCUUAGACCACACCAUUAAAUAUCAAUCGUAGUGUAUUUGAAAAUGAAGUUUUGUUUUCGAGGGAGGCAAAGUAAAGGAUUUAAAGUCGCCAGAAGGAGUUAAGCCAGCUUAAUAGUUAAGAUCAUCUAAAAUCAAGUAUGGGAACUGCCACAAUUGAUUUUACAGCUAAUAAUGGAUGCUUAAAUGGUUAAAGUGGAACCAGUAUUGGCGGUAAUGGCAUCAGUGUUGUUAUCGGUCCUUCACCAUAAUAUACAGUCUUAAAAUAAAAUGAACUAAGGUUAUUUCUAUACAAAAAGAGACAGUUUAAUAAGACUUAAUCCUCUUAUAGAAAUAUUUUCAAGUAUUUUCCUACAUCAUUUUAAGAAGAAGCUUCUGAUGCUACUGAUCAAAGUAUUACUAAGUCAUAAGAGAAGACACAAACUGACAAACUAAAAUCUAAAUGGAGAUUAAGGAUAUAAGCCAAUUUAGAUAACAUAAUGAAAGAUAUAUUUAAUGUUGAUCUGAUGCGCACUAAAUAUUUAACGAUGGAGAAACUUGUUCAAAUAUUUGCUCAUAAUGAAAUUCAUUUCACUGAAGAAGAUGUAACUAUCAUUGGCACACUUUGCCUUAAUGAAUAAUCAGUCAAAGUCAACUACUAUAAAAUUUUUUAGUAUUUGGGGAUACUGGUAGAUGAAUAUUUUCAAAGAUAAAAGAGUCCAAGUGCUUAAUAGAAAAGAAGUGAUAGUAUUAAUAGAACUAGCUUUGGAGGAAAUAGCACCAUGCAUUCUACAAGAAAUUUGCUAAGUAAAACUAAUUUGAAGUUCAAAGGCUAGGAUUCGGAUAUUUAGUAUGUUCCAUUGACCUAAAGAAAUGCCAUAAAACCAUUAACAUCUCAAAAUAACAUUAGAAUUUAAGAUUAAUCACCAACAGCUCGAUCAAACUAUUUAUUGAAUUCAAUUAACUAACAAUAAAAUCCAAUUUAGAUGAUUACAGCAUAUUAGAGGCAUUCUCAAAAUUAAAAUCAGUAAUUUAGCCAUCAAGUUCUAAAGUAAAAAAGCCCUUUAAAAAAUAUAGCGAACAUUCAUACUUUGUUUGCCAAAGAGCUCUUCCAUUUGAGAUACAACUGGGCUCUUAUAAUGAAAGUUCUCCGAGAAAAAGAUUAAGUCAAUAGUGGUUUAGUAUCUGAUACAGAAUUUAAGACUAUAAUAAGAAAAACUGGUUGUACCCUUAACGACAAAAUCCUGAAUAUGAUGAUCUACACAAAGUAAUCUGACUCCCAAUGGCAAUAAAAUGAUGUUAGUAGUGAUUAUUAAGAGGAAUAAGAUUAUGCUGUUGGAGUUGCUGGCAGAAUAAAUUAUCUCAAAUUUUACACCAAGUAUUUAAAGUGA